AUGCUCAAAUACUUAUUGAAGGUCAUUCAGCUCGCUGAGAAACGAAACGUUCAAGCAGCUGUGAUUUAUGACCAUAAAUACCGUGGUUCCUUAAUAGGAUACCACCAACAAGGUCACUCGAUUGCUGACGUUCUGGAGAAGGUUUUAGACCCAUCUAUGUACAUUUCUGCUCAGUUUGGUGGUUUGGAGGAUACUGAUCACGUCUUCGGUAACAACGAGAAUGAAGAAGCGAAGAAAGACUG